AUGUCUUUCCGUGGUGGCCGUGGCUCAUUCGGCACUGGUGCCAACCGGGGUGGUUUCGGCGGUCGUGGUGGUCGCGGAGGAUUCCAGCCGUCGUUCGGCCCCCCAGCCCAGGUCUUUGAAAUGGGUUCCUUCAAGCACGAUUGUGAGGGAGAGCUCGUCUGCGAGUCUAUCAACCCCAAGAUUCCCUACUUCAACGCUCCGAUCUACCUCGAGAACAAGUCGGAAAUUGGUCGAGUUGAGGAAGUUUUGGGCGCAAUCAACAACGUUUACUUCACCGUGAAGCCCAGCAACGGCAUUGUCGCUUCCUCAUUCAAGCCUGGUGACAAGGUCUUCAUUGGCGGCGACAAGCUGCUCCCUCUGGAGAAGUUCCUCCCCAAGCCCAAGGCUCCUCCUGGACCCAAGGUCAAGCGUGCCGGUGGUGCCCGUGGCGGUGCUCCCCGUGGCCGCGGUGGCUUUGGCGGCCGUGGCCGUGGUGCCCCCGGAGGUUUCUCCCGUGGUGGCAGCUUCGGUGGCCGUGGUGGUGGCCGUGGUGGUAGCUUCGGUGCUCCCCGUGGAGGUUCCGGUGGCUUUGGUGGCCGCGGUGGCUCCGGUGGCUUCUCUCGUGGUGGUGGCCGUGGUGCUCCCCGUGGUGGUGGUGGUUUCCGUGGUGGUAGCGGUGGUCGCUAUUAA